AUGAAUCAACAAAAUUUAAAAAAAUCAGAAAAGCUCAAAAGAAAACAAAAAUACAAUGAUCAACAAGUUCAAGGUACAAAUAAUUCAUCAAUAGUUUCAAAAAGAAGUGUUGAAAAAUUAUAUUUUUCUAAACUAGAACCAAAUUUAGGAGAAUGGUUUAAAGAAUUUGUUUUUAAUUCUAAAAGAAGAUCACCUUCUAUAAAUAGAGGUUAUUGGAUAAGAAUGGAAAGUAUUAGAUUGAAUAUUUUAAAAAUUAUCGAACUUCAUAAAAAUCAAAAAAUUAAUAUUAUAAAUUUAGGUUGUGGAUUUGAUCCAUUACCUUUUCAAUUAUUAUCUUCAACCACCAAUGACAAUUUAAAUUUUAUUGAUAUUGAUUAUCCAGAUUUAGUAUAUGAAAAAUUUAAUCAUAUACAAAAUUCAACAAAGAUAAUGGAAUUAAUUGGUGAAUCUAUCCCCAAUGAAUAUAAAUUAAAUUGUUCAAAUUAUAAAUUAAUUGGAUGUGAUUUAAAAGAAACUUCAUCAUAUCAAAAACUAAUAGAUAAGUUAUUCCCAACUAGCAAUAAUAAUGAAGUCAAUAUAUUUAUAGCAGAAGUAUCAUUAGCUUAUAUGGAUCCUAAUUUUGCAAAUCCAAUAAUAGAAAUCUCAUCAAAAGUGUCAAAUUCAAAUUUUUUAAUAUUAGAACAAAUAAUACCAGAUGGUUCCAAAAAUUCAUUUGCUAAAAAAAUGUUAUAUCAUUUUAAUCACUUAAGAAGUCCUAUACAAUGUGUUGAAAAGUAUUCAACUAAAAGAUUACAGUACGAUAGAUUUAAAAAUUUUUAUAAAAAUGUUAAUAUAAAUGAUCUUUUUCAAAAUUGGGAAAAUUUAGUUGAUGAUAUUACAAAAUUUAAAUUAAAUCAAAUUGAAGAAUUUGAUGAAUGGGAAGAAUUUAUAUUAUUUUGUCAACAUUAUUUUGUAAUUCAUGCAAAUAAUGAUUCCAACUCUACUGAAUCGUCAAUACCAAAAGAAGAAAUUGAACUUGAUAAAGAUUCAUCAGUAACUUUUUCAAUUUUUGAAAAUUCAGAUACAUUUGAAUUAAAAUUUCCAGCAAUUGCUAAAUUUAAAGAUAAUAUAAUAAUAAACGGAGGUUUAAAACAAUCAAGAACAAAUGAAACAUUACAAUUAAAUCAACAAGGUAAACUAACUAAGAUAGAUUUAUCUAAUCAACCAACUCCAAGAAUGUGUCAUAGUUUAACUUCAAUUGGAGAUAAAUUAAUUUUAAUUGGUGGAAGAUCAAAACCAAAUGAUAUAAUGAAUGAUAUUUAUGAAUUUGAUGGAGAUCAAUGGAUUAAAUUAAUUGAGUUAGAUGAAGGUCGAUAUAGACAUUCAGUUGUUGUGUUAAAUAAUGAAGAAUUAUUAAUAUUUGGAGGAGCAACCACAGGUGAUCCGUUUAUAAAAUUUAAUAUCAUCACAAAGAAAAUAACAUCAUUAAAAAUUGAAGGUGAGAUUGAAUCAUUAUUUAGUUCAUCAAUGACUUAUAAAAAUGGUAUAGGAUAUAUAUAUGGAGGUUAUUCGGAAGUUCAUCUACCUAAAGUUAAUGAUAAAUUAUAUAAAUUUACAAUUGAAAAAGAUACUAUACAUAUAACACCAAUAUUACAAAAUAAUCUACUAUCAAGAAUAAGUUCAAAAUCAAUAUUACUACCAAACAAUAAAUUAAUAAUAAUUGGAGGUAUAUCAUCAACCAAAAUAUUAACUUCAAAAACAAAUAUAAUUUCAUUAGAUUUAACCACACUAAAUUUUAAAUCUAUUGAAAUUUCUCAAGAGAUAUAUGAAUUACAAUCACCUAUAUUUAUUGGAUUUAGUUGUAUUGAAAAUAGUGAUAAUGAAAGUUUAAUCUUGGGUGGUGGUUGUGUUUGUUAUUCUUUUGGAAGUUGUUAUAAUGGAAUUUAUAAAUUAAAUUAUUAA